AUGGGCGACCUAGGAUAUCUUGAGCCACCCAGUCCUCCAGCAGCCUCGGCAACAUGGACGGAAACCACACUCCAAUGGCACAGAGGGACUCUACACGCUUCGCAUCUCUCAACGGACAUCCUCGUAGCAGGCGGCGGGCUCGGCGGAGUAGCAGCAGCAUUAGGUGCCCUUCGAAGAGGCCGCCGUGUCGUCUUGACAGACGAGUUUGAAUGGCUAGGAGGCCAGCUCACAAGUCAGGCCGUUCCGCCAGAUGAUCACACAUGGGUUGAGCGCUUCGGUGUGACGCGCUCGUACCGUGCUCUGCGAGAUGGGAUCCGGCAGUACUACCGCGACCACUACCCGCUGACGGAAGAAGCUAGGAAGCGGCCUCAGCUCAAUCCAGGCGCCGGAUAUGUCAGUAAGCUAUGCCAUGAGCCACGAGUGGCUGUCGCGGUCAUAGACGCAAUGCUGGCACCGUUUCUUGGUUCCGGGCAGCUCAUCAUCAAGAAACAGACCAAGCCAGUUUCUUGCCAAAUGGCCGACAGCCAGAUCGAAUCUGUGACAUUCCGUGACCUCAGCACUGGCGCCAAGUUCACCGUCAGUGCAGCAUACGUUAUAGAUGCCACAGAGCUCGGCGACCUGCUACCUCUCAGCGGCACUCCCUACGUGACCGGCUUCGAAUCUCGCCGAGAUACUGGCGAGCCCAGUGCUCCAGAAGAGGCACAGCCACAGAACUCACAGGCGGUCUCCAUCUGCUUUGCGGUCGAUCACAUCGAGGGCGAAGACCACACCAUCCGGAGCCCGCCGCAUACCAAUACUGGCGCAAUCACACGAGAAUUCACCCCGAACCCCGGCGACGAUCCCGCCCUCGUCAACGCCGACCAGCGUCGCUCCGGCGGCGAUAUGAACCUCUGGACCUUCCGACGGAUCGCUGCCCGUGACAACUUCACGCCCGGCGCCUACCAGUCCGACAUCUGCCUCGUCAACUGGCCCAUGAUCGACUAUUUCGAGGAACCCAUCAUCGACGUCCCCGAAUCGCUCUAUCAUUCCCGCCUCUCCGCCGCCGCUUCCCUCUCCUAUAGCAUGCUCUACUACCUUCAAACGGAAUGCCCGCAUCCCGAUGACCCCACCACCAAAGGCUACCCGGGCCUCCGGCUUCGUGGCGACAUCACAGGAACAAGUCACGGCCUCGCCAUGGCCCCUUACGUCCGUGAGUCCCGACGAAUCAAAGCUAUCACCACCGUCGUCGAAGGAGACCUCUCCCUUGACAUCCGUGGCGCCGCUGGAGCAAAACCAUACCCUGAUAGCGUUGGAAUCGGCAUGUAUCGGAUCGACCUACACCCCUCGACGGGUGGGGACACGUACAUCGACGUGGCAUGCUGCCCUUUCCAGAUUCCGCUGGGCGCUUUACUGCCACGAAACAGACGCUCAAACUUGAUCGCAGGUUGCAAGAACAUUGGGACGACGCACAUCACUAAUGGUUGCUACAGGUUGCAUCCGGUGGAGUGGAAUGUGGGCGAGGUGGCUGGACUGUUGGCUGCGUGGUGUAUGAACAGUGCCAAGGGGUUGCACCCAGUGGAUGUGCAGGGCGAUGAGGCGCUCUUUGCGGAGUUUCAGAGGAUGAUUGUUGGCGAAGGGAUCGAGGUUGAGUGGCCUGAUGUUAGUGGGUACUAG